AUGGUUGCCCAAUCUAAGGUCAGCAAGUCGGCGGCAGGCCUGUCAGAGGGCACUAUUCCAAAGGCCCCCAAAACCCCGAUGGCUCCAAAGCCUCCAAAGAAAUUUGUGCCCAACUACAAGCAGCUUUUGCUUCUUCAUACUUGUCUUGAAAGUGUGCUAGCCCGUCCAGACGUCUCGCCAAUUGAAUGGGACGUAGUUGGCAAGGCACUCAACAGGUCCCGAGGCUCUGUCAGUACUGAAUACUGCAGGCUGCGCCAGGCCAUCUUGAAAUCCCAGAAGGGGGAGAAAGAGGAGGAAGUUGUCGAUUCGCCCGCUAAGGACCAGAAGACCUCAGAGACCUUGGCACCCCAGAGAAUGGUCAUUGAUGAGGCCUGA